CUUAAAAUUUUAAAAUCUUUUCUCUAUGAAGACAAUCAAUGCUAUGUUGAAAAACACAUCGUAAUACUUUAAUGUUUCAUUCAGACUUCCAGCUUAUAUCUUGUCUGUUGGGAGUUAUCAAGUGCGAUCAAUCGAAAACCGGUGCAUACAUAGCCGACUUACUAUUGGAUUGCUGUAAUGAUUGGGACAUCGAGCUUGAUAAUGUGUCAUGCGUUGUAACUGAUAACGGCGCGAACAUAGUGAACGCCGUGAAACUUCAAUUCGGUGAAAAACGUCACCUUCCUUGCUUUGCGCAUACAUUGAAUUUGAUUGCAAGCAAAUCUGUACCCUUGUAUAACGAAGCGUAUGGAGCAUGUCUGGACCCAGUUAUUGAUUCAGAUGAUGAAGAUGUUGACGAAUCAGAUAUCAAAGAUGCUAAACAUAAUUCUCCUGAAGAAAACAUGAUUAUUUUUAUAAAGAAAAUGAAGCGAAUAAUUAAAUUUUUCAAGAAAAGUGAAACUGCAAUGAGGGAAUUGCGAAAGCUACAAGUGAUAGAUGGCAAGAAAGAAGGUCAAUGUCUUAUGCUCAUUCUGGACGUCAAAACCCGUUGGAACUCAAUCAUGGCUAUGAUUGAACGGUUUUUACUGAUAGCUGGAUACGUGUCGAGAGUAUUGCUCAUAAUUCCUACAAGCCCCCCAAUGUCGACUUCCGAUGAAUUGUCUGUUCUUAAAGAAGUGUGCAAAACCCUUAAGCCACUUGAAAAAGUAACAACUGAGAUGUCCGCUGAAAAGUAUGUUACCUGCAACAAGAUAAUUCCGCUAGUACGAUUACUCAAAAUCAGUUACGGUAACAUGGAACUGGAAUCAAGGGAAGCCUUCUCAUUGAAACAAAGAAUAUUACAUUUCAUUUCGAAAUAUUUCAAGGAUAUCGAAAAAGUAAGGAUACUGGCAACCGCUACACUCCUUGACCCAAGAUUCAAAAAAAUCCAUUUCGAAAGCGCGCUAUCCGCAUCGUCUGCCGUUUUCUUUGUUGCGGAGCAAAUUAAGGAUUUGGCAAACGAAGCGACUUCAAUAUCCAGUGAUGUUGAAAAAAAUCCCGCACGGAAUGAAUCAUUGGACGAUUUAUGGUCAAUACACGAUUCAUUAGUAACGGAAGUGAAUCGUGCACAUGUUCCGGAUAGUGCUGGCGGGAUUCCGGUGGAAUUACGACAGUACCUUAAUACUCCGUUAGUGCCGAGAACCAGUGACCCGAUGCUGAUUUGUACUUCUGUGUUUCAGCGACCUCAGUUCCCUCUGAACGUUUAUUUUCGAAAGCUGGUCAAGUAUUGACCAAAACGAAAAAUCGAUUGUCAGGACCAAAUUUGGAUAAAAAUCUUUUCUUAAAUUCAGUAGAUGAUACAAUGUGGUUUACCUAAACCAAUAAGACUUUAUGUACAAUUAUUAGAUUGUACGCUAGCUGCGCGAAAUGAAUAAUGAAAUUCGAAAAAGUUCUGAAAUGAGAAAUCAACUAAUUAUUUUAUUAUAAAACGAAUAUUUUGUUCUA